UCGUGGCUCCAGAAACCGAGUCGUAAGCUUGUUUCCAACUAAGACCAUGGCUGAUCUACAGAUAAAACAAAAGUACCACAUAGCUGUUCUACUUGUUGUCAUCACUUCAACGUUCUCCGGUAAUCCAGGAAUUGAGUUAAAAACUGCUCCAGCACCCGAUAGCUCUGCACCUCCACCAGUUAUUCACGUUAUAGUUGGGGGCAGAGCGCAACUCCCUUGCAACAUUACCCCGCCCACCAUCGAGGAUUCGGUUUCGCUUAUACUGUGGUACAGAUCGGACAUCAACGCCCCACUGUUCACCGUGGAUUGUAGAAGUGGAUCUUUAGAUAAAGCAAAGCAUUUUUCAUCAGAUUUUCUUGGCCAAAGAGCACACUUCGACUUACGUACAAGGCCAGCAUUGUUGACAAUAGAGCCAGUUAAAGCCGAGGACCUUGGAGAAUAUCGCUGCAGGGUAGACUACCGUUGGGCGAGAACGCUAAACAACAACGCCAUCUUGUAUGUAGUUGUUCCUCCAAGGGAUGUUGUGAUUUUGGACGAAAAGCUCCAACCUCUCCACAGAGUGAUAGGACCUUACAACGAAGAUUCGGAGAUAAGACUCAAAUGUCUAGCUAGAGGAGGAAGACCUUCCCCAUUCGUCAGCUGGUGGAGAGAAAUGCAACUUCUCGACAGAGAACACGAGAAGGAAGAUGGUGAUGAGGUGAUGAAUGAGCUCGUGAUUCGACGACUUGUCAGGAAUGAUCUGAACGCGGAGUUGCUGUGCCAAGUGUGGAACUCGAACCUUACAUCCUCCAUUGUUGCUGCUGUAUUUCUGGACUUGAACUUGAAGCCGCUGGACGUACGAAUUCUAACGACUGAAGCCCACUAUAAAGCUGGAUGGAAGUACGCUUUUGAGUGUAGAACCAGAGGUUCGAGACCAGAACCUCGUAUAAGCUGGUGGAAAGAUUAUAUCCUACUGGGACAUCACCUAACCAACGUUUCUCAUCAACCUAAUAUUAGCAUAAGCACCUUGGUUAUUGCGCCAUCUAGUGACGACCACGGAAGAAACUUGACUUGCCGUGUUGCAAAUCCCAAGUUAUCAUUCAGCAGUUUAGAAGAUUCUGUCACCUUGAAUGUGUAUUACAAACCACAAGUCCGCGUCUCUCUUCAAGGCGGUCGAACCUCCCAAGCUGUGUACGAGAACGAUGAUGCUUUUCUCAAGUGCAGCGGGAAGGGGAACCCAUCAAUUACAGCAGUAUUUUGGUAUUUCCAGGGGCAGAAAUUAAAGAACAACCCCGAGGAUGGAAUAAUCAUUAGUAAUCAGUCUCUUUGGCUUCAGAACGUGCGGAGAGAACAGAGUGGCUUUUACCGAUGCUCGGCUGUAAAUUCUGAAGGUCAAGGGGAAAGUGAAGACUUGAAAUUGAAUAUCAAAUAUAAACCGAUAUGCAAACAUCAGCACCCAAAAUUCUAUACCGCUAUGAUUGGAGAAACUGUACGAAUCCAAUGUGACGUCGAAGCCGAACCUGAUGACGUCAUAUUUUUCUGGAGAUUUAACAAUACAAAGCAGGUUCGAGAAAUCCUUACACGUGCACGGUUUAGGCUUAGGAGCAUAGUAGAGUUUGCACCUAGAGAUCACAGUGACUUUGGAACUAUUACUUGCAGAGGGAAAAAUGCUGUAGGAAUCCAGAAAGAUGCCUGUAAAUACGUUCUUAUUUCAGUAGGGCCACCCGAAAAAGUAACCAACUGCACUUGGUUACACGAUACCAGUGAUUUUGUACAUGUGGAGUGCAAACCGGGCCACGACGGAGGACUUCGACAACAGUUUCAGCUCGAGGUGUACAAUGCAGAGUGGAAACAUUUACAAAUCAACCUAACAAGCCACAAGAAACCAGUUUUCCAAAUCCCUGGCGUGGCUCCUGGAGCAUCUCUGGUACUAGUGAUAUACGCCAUUAAUGCCAAAGGGAGAAGUCCUAUUGUAGAGAUGAACAUUCAGACCAGUCUGUUCGCGGAAAGACACUUUGAGUUUUUCAUCAUCAAUGCGCAAUAUUGCAUAACAAAUCGAAAACUUCUUAUAUUCACACUAAUACAGAAGGGAACUAUUCCACAGGAAAAACUUGACAACAUUUGGGACUUGAAACUAUUCAUACUACUGGAGAAGGGAACUAUUCCACAGGAAAAACUUGACAACAUUUGGGACUUGAAACUCGGGCUAUGA